CUCUUACAGUCUGACGUGAUGAGGCGCGGCGUGAGUUUUGAACAGAAAGCUGUUUAUAAGAGGAACUCAACCCGCUUCGAUCUGUGAUGAACAGCCUUGCGUCUGAUGUGAAUCCAGAACACGUUCAACUCGCAGUCAUCGCCAAACAAAUCAAACAGCGCUGCCUUCAUUUCUACAAAAAUGGAUUGAGAAUGUCUCAUUAAUCCGUUCAAAAUACCUGACUCAAAGAAUAAGACGAAGGCAAGAAUGUGCAGACUUCGGCAGGUUUGGGAUUCCUUCCAACUGAACCCAUUGCUUUCUAUGGAGUUUUAUCUUAGACCGCAGAGGAAGCCUCCUAGAAGUGGCUGAUGUUACAAUGGGAUUUGAAGGAUUACUUCAGAGCUCCUCUGAUGCUGAUGAUAAGUUUGGACGAAGGACUAGCAACGAUUCGGGUUUAUUGGUCUUAUUCUACACAAUGUUUUCUUUAAUUGAUACACAAAGAUUUGCCUUUCGCCAUCUGUACUGCACAUGCUUGUAGCCAGUUGCCACUACACCAAGUUGUCUCUUUGUGAAAAUAGCUAAUGCUGUUCAAAUUUACUCGUUAUUUGAGCUGAUAAAACAGGAGCUGAACCUGGGACCCAUUUAUCUUUCCGCCAGUGCUCUACUAAAUGAAUUCAAAUUAAAGAAUGAACCAUGCAACAGUGAUGGAGAGGUUUAUAAUUUCCAUAAGACCAUGCUAUAGCCGGACUUUUUUGGAGUGCUCUUUCAGCCAGGAGCGAAUCAGCAUUCUCAUCAUGGUGGUCUUCUUAAGAUUUGUGGAUUCUGCAUUGAAUUCAUCUUGCUGUCCAGUUGAAAGGCAUGGAUGCAAAGACGUUUCAUGGAGACACACCUUGGUAUAUAGGCUGACCAUUCGCCCUACGGCAACAAAUUACAGCAGACUGCUAAGGUGCGAGUAUAGUGUAGACGUGUGCUUCGGUGCUUGUGGGAAGUCUUCAUUUAAUUUAUUGAUGAUUUGCAAGAUUUCCACAUGGGAUCGCGUACCGUGUUCGUCUCUAUGAACUCCAGGAGCUCACCCUUUUCCUACACCGACUCUGGGCCUGGGAAACCUGCACUCAAAGAUUGGCAACAUGUUUCAAGUGGAAAGGAGGACAAUAGACCAGACACAGGAGAACAUCAGUUGAAACAACUUCCGCAAGAAAAUACCAAAGGAAGCAAGAAAACGGGAAUUCGGAGUAUAUUUCGCGGCAAAAAGGACAAACAUAAAUCCACGCCACCAGCCCCUCCAAGGAACUCCAAUGACUACACUGCAUAUGAAUCGACUGUACUGAACAAAGCCAUAAGUCCCGCUGUCAAAGUGCCAUCAGAUAGGGGCAGAAAGACCAAGGCGAAUGUGAAAAAGAAAAUUGACUCUGGAAGUACUUUAAGAUUUGCCGGAGAAGAGGGUCUUCAUUCAUCAGAACACAUCUAUGAAUGCCCGGCUGAUGCACAGGAAUCAUCAGAUCACGUCUACCAAUGUAAUAGAUCAUCAUACGAAGAGACACAGUGUCGAGCCUCUCCACUCCACACACCUGCAGGGACCCAUGGUAGGCCUUCCUAUGCUGCGAUUCCACUACCCACGAAAUCAGCUCUGCGAACAACAGCCUCGUUACCGAAUUGUUACAGCCCCCGUUUCACCAAGAAGCUACCAGCAAGACAAGCAUCGUUCGGUCAUAAGAUCCACUCCAGAUUAGAAACUACACAAGGAGACGAGAUGGGAGGAGCUGUCUACUGUGAUGAUGAUGAUGUGGGAGAGAUGUACGCACAGAUUGCUGAGAACAUUGAACAUGAUGAUGUCGUCGUCAUCAGUAACGACAUGUAUGAGGAUGUACUUAUUGCUGCAAAUACUAAGAUUCCAAUUGCUGAUCCCAAUGAUGACGAUGAUGAUGACCUAUGCACAGAUAGUUGUGACGUUGGCAAGCUCUCUUUACAGUCAUCUUGUGAUGACGAAAGAGUCAACUGUUUGAACGCACUACCAGUGAAACCAAGACCCAAAAUCGAAAAGAAAAAUAGCUCACCGGUUAUUGUCAUCCAGCAUGACUGCACGUCAGACGAUCAAGAUGCCCGCUAUGUCCCAACCGGAACCAUCUCAACCCCUCAGCCCGGACCUAACAAUCCCAAACCUAAACCUAAACCCAAACCCCCGAAACCUACUCCACGUGCACGUUCCUCACUCAUGUCCCAAGGCCCAAAACAACCAUCCAAGGAUAUCAUCAAGAUUCCACCUCAACCAGCCGAGAAACUCCCCAAGGAACUCCCUGAAAUCCAGCUCCUCGUGGAUGAAGCCAGGAAACUCAUCAAUAACUCUGAGAAAAACAACUCAACCAAGUUGAUAUUCACCAGCGUCGACUUCACAGCUGGACUCUUAGACAAAAAAGGUGGCCGUCUGCAGCUCCGAUAUCACGGCGUUACAUUAGACGUCCCUCCCGGUGCACUUGAAGAUGUUGAGAUGGUGUACAUCUACGUCCAGCGUAGCUUGGAGUUCUCACCCAUCGGAGAAGAAGGCUUUGCCAGCCCACUCGUCCACUGCGGACUCUCCGGGCUCAAGUUCAAGACGCCUGUCGUCCUCACCUUCCCUGUACACCUUGAAGACCCUUCAGCAUGGGAGUUGAAGGGGAUCCAGCAGGACUCAUCCGGAACACCUUGGAAGGAAAUCUCAUCAGAGAGUUGUCAGGACUCUCUCGUUGUCUUCAAAGAAAGGUUGUGCACGAUGGUUGUUGAUCACUUCACUCUAUUUGGCGUGUCUGCACGACCCAAGGAGCUUCGCGGUGCAUCGGGAGGCAGUGAUGAAUCACACGGGUGGCUACCACUCAGAGUCGGUGUCUUCCUUCCAAGUGAUAAAACGACGAUGUCCGGUCAUCUGCAACUCAGAGUUCGUAUCUGGGAUGCAUCACAAGAAACGCGAGUAAAAGAGGAUGAGAGACACAGCAAAGUCAUUGACACAACGUGUAGACUUCACCUGCGUACCAGCGAAGGGUAUGGUUCCCGGCAACCAGACUUGGAUGUGUCGGUUGAUAUCCAAGGACUGAAUGACUCCUGGACAUCGGACCCCAAAGAGAAGAUCAUCCCUUACGAGAUCUUCCAUCUAGACCCCCCAGUGGAUGAAUCUGUGACCUUCAACCUGAGGUUACAGAGCCAAGACAGUGAGGGCGGGCUUCAUCCUUUGCUGUGUGACUUCGUCAUCAGACAAAGAGCGCACUUCAAUCGAGCCACGAUCGUCAGAGCCGUCGUUGACAUACACGAUGGCGGCCUGCGCAUUGAAACUGCACACGAUUCCCCGAAUCCCAUGUCCACAUCCGGCUUCCAUCUUCUGAGAGACUACCUGGAGAGAGAAAGACGAUGGAAGCUUCUUGCCGACUCCUCCUUCGGCAAGACACAAGGAUGCACACUCGACAGAUGGUCAUGCCCCUCCACAGCUGUCUUAAAUGCCAUCUUUUCUCGAUCGGUAGCCCAAAAUCCCAAGGCAACACUUGGAGAACUCUACUCUAAGCUCAGUGAGUGUGGUCUGCCCGGAGCGGCAGAGAUUGUCCGUAGGGAAAUGAAGGAGUGGAAUCUGGGAGUGACUGGAUCAGAGAUUACCCAAGCCAGGGGAAGUCAAUCCAGGAAAUCUCCUGAGCCGAAAUUUCCCGUACAAUGUUCAGGCGAAGAUUCUUCACUCCCGCGACCGAUUUGUAACGCACAACAAGAGUCACUUUACGAGGUGUUAAUGCCGAAAAAGGAGCGAGAAAGAAUCGCUCAGGCACGGCCUUCACCGACCGGGAACCGUGUUUCACGUAGAGGGCCUGAAGAAAAUGACGAGGAAGAAAGUCGGAUUCACACUCUCCGCUCCACCAAUCCGCCAGCCCGAGCCCAGCCUGAAAGAAUCGAUCAGGCGCGGCCUUCACCUACCGGGAACCGUGCUUCAUGCAGAGAGCCUGAAGAAAAUGACGAGGAAGAAAGUCGGAUUCACACUCUCCGCUCCACCAAUCCGCCAGCCCGAGCCCGAGCCCAGCCUGAAAGAAUCGCCCAGGCGCGGCCUUCAUCUACCGGGAACCGUGCUUCACGCAGAGAGCCUGAAGAAAAUGAUGAGGAAAUCUUUGCUUAUGCAGACUGCUUAAUUAAAGAUCAGAGUGGACAGCUAGAGGAAAAUAUAUUUUCGAUUUACCAGAACGCGCAGGUUAUACCACCUUCAUCAUCGUCGUCGCAGUUGCCCAGAGGUUACGUUCAAUAGAAAAGUAAGCAACGAAAUCAACAAAAGUAAGGUGGAUUAGGCGAAUUUCGGUUUACACAGAGCACAAUAUAAUUAUUUGCACGUCAAGGCAAGUUCAUUUUAAAGAAUACAAACUUACUAAAUUUGACAAAUUCAAAAACGAUUGACAAACAGUCUUUGAAAAGAAAGCAUUCGAUAUCAGUCAGCUAAUAUGUCUUGUAAUUUUGACAUUAACGCGGCAGGGUAAGAUUUCAUUCGCAAUACAAAAACAUUUUAUCAAACAGCAAAUUGUGGGUUUCUUUUAACACUAAUUAUGUUAUUUUAUUCCUGACUUUUGUCAGAAACGUAGGGCGUAAUUCAUUGUACAGUUGGUUUUUUUUGCUACGUGGUGUAUACAUUCUGAUUAUUUGCCUAUUAAAGUUUGAAGAGAAAAAAGUUAACCACAUAAGUAGGCAUCCAGAGCAUGAUAAUGUAUCAAAUUAGAAAACAGUCCGGUAGACCUAGACGUUAAAAACUGCAUCAACCUUUGUCAAUAUGAGAUUAUGCUACUGUAAAGUUUGCUUAACGCGAAUACACAUUAUUAUAUAAUUUCAACGAUAGUAUUUUAACAGUACGACAACUUAUAAUCUGAAAUCGCAUUUUUUCACCAAUUUAACACUUCUUCUUUGAAAGCACUUUAAUAUAAAACAGUUUAAAGCUGGUAUAUAUACACAUGCUUUUUGGAUGUGGCACCGUGAAAAAUAGAUUUUCAAAUUGAAUUGAUAAUUUUCUAGCAUUACACAAGUUACGAGCUUUUCAAUGAGACAUCGAACGAAAAAAAAAUCGGCCGACGAUUUUAAGUAACCAAUUAAUUUAUUUAAACUUUUGAAAUACGAGCGUCCAUUCAGUUCUGAAGCCAGCGGGACCUGUGCGCAUCCGCUUUUGAGACAGUGCAGUUAUGAAUAAUAAUUUCAACAGCACACAUUAUACAUAAUGUGCAUGCACAUGUACAUGUUUGUAUGAAAUAUUGAAGCAUGAUGUACAAACAUGUACAUGUGUUUUGAUUUUUUUUUUUUUCAGUCCAGACAUGUCAGAAAAUAUGCAAAAUUCACAGGGUGUUUUUAAACUUCUAUUAUCUUCUGUACAAGAAAUGCACGAUUUUUUGAGAAUGGAAAAAAGAAUAGAAACGGAUGUAUAGCACUUCAGCUCAAUUACUUUCUGUAUAUAAAUAUGUAUAAUUAAUUAAUUAUGCUCUAUUUACAUGAACAUGUACAUUUAAAAAAUGAAAUAAUAGUACUAAUAAUUAUAGCUUUUAUUAUGAGGCAGUUUAACGAAUCAACACUGCAGAUCCUCAAGAAUUGUCAAUAAAUAUUGUGUAAAUUAGUGAGAAUAAUAAUUAUAUGAAAGCUU